CUUUUCCCCGACACUCAUUAUUAUUACUUUGUUCGCCUUGAUUGCGGAGAUGGCAAACUCCCUACCGUCUCUGGCUAUCCCGGGUCAGCGCCUAGGAGCGGCGGCGACUUUCUCCGCUGGCCCUGGGACCCAUGUUCACCACUCCCUCAUCUAUGCAUCGAUCGCCGGACCGGUCUUUGUUGAUCAGACAGAGCCAAAGUCUCAAGCAAAGUCAGUACUCAGCGUCUCGAGAACGUUCAAGAAGGCGACAGCGUCGACGGACACAUCCACACCUUCCGUAUCUGCACAAUCCACAGCCUCAACCCCAAAACCCAAGUACAACACACUUCCAGCCGUGGAUUCGGUCGUCCUUGCCCGUGUAACCCGCGUUCAGAAACGACAAGCUACAGUCUCAAUACUCGUCGUCUUAGACGAAUCCAAGAGCUCCCAAGCAUUGAACCCCUCACAAUCGGCGUCAGACAACGACAACAUCGAAUCGAUACUGUCCUCCGCCGCAAACCCCGAGAACCACAGUAGCUCGGACGAGCUCCGAUUCCAGGCACUUAUCCGGAAGGAGGACGUGCGCGCCGUCGAAAAGGAUCGGGUUGUUAUGGAUGAGAUGUUCCGGGUUGGAGAUAUUGUUCGCGGGACGGUGAUUUCGCUCGGCGACCAGAGCUUCUAUUAUCUUACCACUGCAAGAAAUGACCUCGGUGUUGUCAUGGCUCGCAGCGAAGCAGGUAACAUGAUGUUCCCUGUUAGUUGGAAGGAGAUGAGAGACCCUGUUACGGGAGGUGCAGAGCAGAGGAAGGUGGCAAGGCCUUUUUGAGGUACAGAAUCGCGAGACGACUCAAAAUCUCGAACUGCAAACCAGAGUCCGGCCAUUUGGCCGAGCCCAUCUUGUCCGAUGGCAACCCGAGUCACCGAACGUCCACGUUGGCCAGCCGAUAAUCUUUAUGGCAUGGCCUUCGGAGCUAUGCCUGCGCAUAUCUGGAGUUGAGAAACCCAGAAACAACUCGAAUCUAGGACGUUAUCGACACUACUGCACCGAAGCAGCAGUAUUUCUUUGUGGCAGUAACCAUGAGCAACUGGUAUCAUACAUGAAUGUGAGCCAGAUAUAUUAGAUACCCAAUGAAAUCAUUUUCCAUAUAUUAGAGGACAAAUUCCGUCCAACUUGCGGCCGUGUAUAAUAUAUAAAGCUCCGAUAUCCAUAGCUUUGACAUUUGAAUACUAAUCGAUCUAUGCUGUUACUGGGG